AUGUUGUUUACUUUCAUAGCUGCUCAAGUAGAACAUUUGACUCUGUGGGCCUAUGUUGAAGAGAUUGAAUUUGAAAUUCUCCAAAUCGUGGCCGGGCACCCGCAUGUGGUGCAGGUGAUUGAUUUUGACGAAACGAGCGCAAGAAGCGCAAUAAUCAUGGAAAUGCUGGGACCAUCACUGCUCCGCAUGAUCAGCUUCCCGGGCUCAGUGGCCCCGUUUGCGGUGCAGGAUGUGGCUGUGACCCUGCUGAACGCCCUGAAGCACAUACAUAGCUUCUGCGUCGCACAUUGCGACAUCUCCGCGCGCAACGUUUGCAGCCGGCUGGGGCUGGGGUGGCAGAUGGUGCUGAUCGACUUCGACAGCGCCCAGAUCCACCAAAGCUUGGAAGAAUUGUCCGAGGGCCGGAUCAAUCUUGAACACUUUCGUGCCCAGGACAUUUCGCGGAUCAACCACUUCAAAGAGGACGUCUUCGCGGCGUCCUGCGUGGUCAAAGCGGUGGAGGACCUCGUCAAGGUGGAGACGCGGAACGCAGCGAUCAGCGACUGGCUGACAAAGCUGCAGGAACCGCAGCAAGACAUCCGACCCCACGCUGCCAGGGCCUGCGCAUCCUGA